CGCCGUGUGAUUGGCCGCAGCUCUUCGUCAUGUGAUAUCCCGCUGCCCCAGCGCUCGGGGUUAUUAUGUCCGUGUGUACGGGCUCAGCCUCAUCCGCAGACACAGCAACAUGGCCGAGGCGGUGCGGCCCCGCAAGGCGAGGAGCAGACCCAAGCAUGACAAGACUAAGAAGAAGCAGCAGCAAGUUUUGGGGGAUUUAAGAACAGAAAAGACGCCAGUGUUGGAGGAAGAGAACGAUGUUGUUACAGUAUCGGAACCGGAGCCAUCCCCACAAAAGCUGAUGGCAGACCACGGACCGCCUGAUAAUUUUAUAGAAAUACAGCUAAACGAUGACCCGCUGGAUAUUAACCGAUUAGGCAGCUUGUCUGUGGUAGACCGCUCCUCCCUCAGUGACGAAGCCUCUAAGGUGUCCACCACUGAGGAUAGAGAUGGGACUGAAAAGCUGGUGGCCAAUGACCAUCAGGAUCUGGAGGCUGCAAGAGAAGAACUGGACGUAAGUGUGAGCUGCACGGUUCAGAACUGUGAUGUAUUUUCCGAAAAGACUAUAUGUGAUGAAAUAACAAGCCCUCCCCUAGACAAGUGCCCCGUAGAGGUAUCCGACAUACGGCCUGCAGUCCUCUCUCUCAAGGAGCUGGAUACAGCUAACCCUCAGCAUUUUGUGGAAGCCAAAGAGAUCCUCCGUGUACCCAAGGUCAAGCCAUUGUACCCAGAGCUGCCCGUGCAGAUCCUGGACCACAUGAGAGAUGUAGCCACCAUUAAACCUCUGGUCCCGAGCGAGAGACUCUAUCCUGAGCUGCCGAUACAGCCCAGGCCCGUCCCUUUCACCAGGGAGCAGCUGAAAGUCUUCGAGCCAAGUUCCUGGCUGGAGAACGUGGACUCUUUCACUGAGGAGUUUGAGAGGGUCGCCCACCAGGACCGGCACGAGUUCCACGAGCUUCUCAUGAACUAUGGCCGGUGCAGGAAGCAGCUUCUGCUGGCUGAGGCCAAGCUCCAGAUCAUGAUCUCCGACUGGAAGAAUAUCAAAAGCAAAGUCUGGGAUUUCAAGGAAGAGCACAUGACUGUGCAGGGGCUGUGUGACGACCAAGCCAAAGUGGUCGGCUACCACCACUACCAGACGGCAGAAGUCAACGCCUCGGCAUUGGGAGACCUGAAGCGGCUCUUCGAGCUGAAGUCGGACCACUUGCACCAGACGUUCGCGCUGCACUCCUACACCUCCGUGCUGUCCCGCCUGCAGGUGGAGUCCUACAUUUAUGAACUGCUGAACAACUCCCCGUUCCUCAGAUCUGUGGCCGUCUACCAUCCGGACCAUGUCCCGCAGAAGCUGGAAGGCUCUCACGCUGAUCUCAUCUUGCUGAAGGAGUGUAUCAGCGUUCUGUUCAGCUUCACCCGGAGAGUCAUUGAGGACGUCCAGUUCCGGAAUGACAUCCUGGCCUGGCUGCAGAAGCUGGUGUCUGUGCUGCUGAAAGUGGGCUGCCUGGGAGACCACCUAUUUCUCUUGAAUCACAUCCUGCGCUGCCCUGCAGGUAUCAAUAAGUGGGCCAUCCCGUUUGUCCAGGUUCGAGUUUUGCACAACCCGGCCGGCGUCUUUCACUUCAUGCAGCAGCUGGCAGUCCUCAUGUGUCCUGUCAGGAAUCGAGCUGACUUUCUGUGCCACAUGAAACCCAACGAAAGGAAAGGCUCCGUCUCAGGGAAGGAAUCCGGGAACUGGACUUUGGUUGACGAGGGGGGCGAGGAGGACGAGGAUCCAGAGACGAGCUGGAUGCUGCUCUCCGAGGACGACUUAAUUUCCUUGUUGGGGCAAUUUCCUUUUCAUGAUCUUUUCAAGAAUGUUCUUGGAUUUAAUUCCAGAGGUGACUAUCUCCCGGAGAAGACCACGCCGCAGGAAAUGAUGAAACUCUUUGCCUUCGCCAACUCCUUAGUCGAGCUCCUGGCCCUGGGAUUAGAGACCUUCAACAGGGCGCGGUAUCGGCAGUUUGUGAAGCGGAUUGGCUGCAUCAUCCGGAUGACGCUGUGUUACCUGAGUGAUCACUGGGCCAUGUACCUUAGCAGUAAUCGCGACGGUGAUAAGGGUUCCGAGAUCUACUCGCUGGGGAAGCUGCAGGCGGUAUACGACGAGCUCUUCCUGACUGCGGUUCUUAAUGUCCUCAAAGCUAAGAGAUUGGGCAUUUGGCUCUUCAUGUCUGAGAUGCCGUUCGGGACCCUGUCCAACGUGAUGCUUUGGAAUAUCUUCUAUCUCUUGCACCACGCAGAGAGUGAGAAUGUGGAGGACCUGUAUUCCACCUUGGACACGGCCACCUGCAAAUCCACAUUAAAUGACCCUGUAAACCGAGAGAAGUUUGAGCAGUAUUUCUCCACCAUGAACAGUUCAGAGGGCAUCUGUCUCCUCACCACGUUCGCUCAGAUGGCACAGACCAAGCAGAUGGAUGUGGAUGAGGAGCUUGUGAAGAGCAUCGCUCUGGAGAUCUAUGAGGUGUCCUAUGUCAGUCUGUCUACAAGAGAAGCUUUCUCUAAAGUGGGGCGCGAGCUACUAGCCACAAUUACUAGCGCACACAGUGACAUCAUAUCUGUCCUCCUGCAGCGCGUCCGGGAGACCAUUGAGAAAGUGGGGAUGGUCUCCCUGUACUUAUUUAAAGAAUUGCCCUUACACCGCUGGCGUCCGAGCUCCUCGGAGAUCAGCAUUAUCCGGGAGUGGCUGAUCAAUUACAACCUCUCUGAUGUGGAGAACAAACUGGCCUGCGUCAUCCUCGAGGGGCUCAACUGGGGUUUCGAUGAGACGAACACCCUGCACCUGGAUCACGCCGUACACGUGGAGGUCGCCCUCAUGGUCCUGGAGGCCUAUCAGAAGUUUAUCUCCGACAAACCCUACACCGGCCUGAUCUCUGAGAGCAUAAAGCAGGUGUCUUACUUGGCCAGCAUAGUCCGGACAGGGCAGACCCCGGAGGCGUGCUUCAACCAGUGGGCCUGGGAUUUGGUACUGAGGCUUAAGUUGCACAGGAAUGACCGCCGCGAGCAGCUGUGCGACGCUGUGCCCGACCUAACCGAGGCUAAUAUACUGCACCCUGUGCUGAAGGCGGUGAAGUCCGGCGUCCCCAUCGGCUGUUACAUUGGCCUGGCAGCGGCCUCGGUAGGACACAGUGUGGACAAGUUCUGCGUGGAAGGUGUCACCUUAGUGGGAGAACUGGUGCAGGCCAAACAUCUCCGGGCUGUGGUCCAUAUUCUGGAUAAAGUCCUGCCCAUGUUUUAUCCGUGUCAGAGUUAUCUCCUGAAGAAUGAACUGUUUUUGUCCUACAUCCACCUCUUUCUGCAGCUGGACAGCGGCGUACCCCAGGGGAUGACCAUGCAGAUGACGCACAGAGUCACCCAGCACCUGACCUCUAUAAACUAUGGAGAAAAUGUUAAACUUCUUACAAACAUGAUUCAGGCCCACAUCGCUGCCAGCACCAAUCCUAACGACGUGGGCCCAGCAGCCGUGCUGGAGUUCUGGACGCAGGUUCUCAUAAGCCAGCAGCAUUGGAACAGGGAUAAGAGCAGCCUGCACCUCAUGGACCAGCUGUGCAAGUCAGCGUUCAGAUACGCGCAAGAGGAAUGCAUGCAGAAACUGAUCUACCAGCAACACAAGGACGCGCUGGGUUAUCACUGCGAUCGCGGGAUUCUCUCCUCCUUUGUCGGCUGGUUCGUGGCUGGCAACGUGACUCCCUCUUUCAUCGAUAACAACUACAACCCCUCCCAGAUCUGGUUCUCCUGGACUGUGCUUAUGACAGAGUCUCUGUUUGAAGAAGAUUCCCAGCUACGUCGCGUUGUGGAAUACGAGUUGCUCAACAAUCCGUCCAUCAGUCCAGACAGUGCUCUGAAGAAAGCGCAGCAGCAGCUGAAGUUGCCCAUCGUGCCCUCUGUACAGAGGCUGAUGAUCUACCGCUGGGCUCACCAGGCUAUGGCUACUCCCGCAGAUCACCCCCUGUUGCCCUUUUUCUGGCAGAAGUUUUUCCUCCUAUACCUCAACCGUCCAGGGCCACAGUAUGGAUUGCCAGUCGAUGGCUGUAUCGGCAAGAGGUUCUUCAGCAGCUCGGCCAACACACACCUGCUGAAACAGAUGAAGCGUCGCCUGGUGGAAGUGGCCGAUUUCCACCACUCGGCCAGCAAAGCCAUGAGAGUCCUGCUUCCUAUGGACGGGUCCCCGGUCUUUUCCGACUCAGGGGGCAGCUCGCACGAUGGUAUGACCUGCCCGGAUCUGCACAAAGAGCUGGUCAAGUUAUUUAAUGUGUUUCUUGUCUGGCUGGAAGAUGACAAGCUCAGGAAGGGAGAUGUGUAUAUCCCAAGUCUCCCCAAACAGUACGACCCUCACCGGCUGGCUAAGAUCAUGCGCAAUGAGCAGGAUCUCUGGAUGGAGUUUAUUAAUAAGGAGCGCCUCAUCCAUGACAUCCAGGAAACUGUGAAUGCCUGGAAUCAAAUCAAGGUGGAGAUGGACACGAGUUUGCUGACUCCUGUUGUGUCUGUGGACACCCCGACACCAGUGACAACCGCCAAAGAGAGAAUCCUAAAGAACCUGAAGAAGCACAAUCCCCCCUGCCCAGGCGUCACCCUGCAACUCAUGAAGCCACCUGUGCCAGUCAUCCCAACUUCUUGUUACGUCAACACGCAGGAAGCCAUGAAGCUGGUACACAAAGAUCUGACCAUCCUGCAGCAGCACGCCAAAACUGCCUCUAUGCGGGAGUCCCAGCAAGUGGCCUUAGACAGCGAGAUGCUCGAUACAAUCCCCAAACUUUACAUCAACAGGGAGGAGCAGAUUGAAAUGAAGAUGGAAUGCCGCAGCAAUUUAAAUAAGUCCUGCAGUGGACCGGCUGUUGUGAUGGUCAAGUUUGAAGGCAUGCAGAUGGAAGAAUCUGUGAGCCAGCAGCUUCACAUUCUGCGGAGAGAGAUGAAACAGCUACAGGCUGAAUCCACUAAACCAACUCAGCUAAACAUUAUAGAAACGGCUGUCCACCUGGAGAACUUUAUAACGGCUCUGGUGAACGCAUAUAAAGUGCAGUCCCCGCUGGAGAUACAGAAAAUUGGGAUCGGGACGUUCUUUGCCAUUGUGGAGUUUGUGUGCGAUGAAACCCAGCGUCACCCCCCUUCCCGGCAGUUCUUCACCUCUUGCAUCGAAAUAUUGGGGCAGGUGUUUAUAAGCGGAACCCAAUCCGAGUGCCGGCCAAUACUUCAGACCAUCUUGCAGAAUCGGAGGUUGUGCAACCUGCUGUCGCCUUAUUUCACCCCGGCCGCCUCUCCUGGGGACUUUGUGCAUCUGUACGGGAAGGUGGUGGAGGCCAUAUCUGAGGACAACAAUGACGUCAUCUUCAUGCUGCUAACCAAGUUUGAUCUGAACCACUGGCUGAACUCUGCUAAACCUUCCAUGUCGGAGCGGAGCAAGCUGCUGGAGUCCGUGCACCUGGCGCUGUCCCUGUGCGGCCUGGUGCCCGAGGAGGAUCUGCAGAUGCCGUUUAAUAUCUUCUGCAAGCACUGGAACUCCAUCCUGCGCUACCAGUUCCCGGAUCACUACAGUGACUGCCUGAGGCUGCUCAUGCAGAGUUCCUCAGAGCAGCUACUGAGCCCCGAGUGCUGGAGAACCUCUCUGAAGGCCGUGGGGUGUUACGCCCCCAGAGUGCCACCAAACACCAUUGAUGUGGAUUCUAAGGACCUGCUCGCCUUUCCAAACUGCACCAGCAAAAUGAUUCUGUCAGCCGAGCAGGUUUUGGAGACCGUCAAGUGGCUGUCGGACUUCUUCCACAAGCUGCGACUAUCCAAGCCGGACGUUCAGAGCUUCGGUUUACUGUCGAAGUGGAGCCCUUAUAUCGCAGAGGUGCAGACCUUCCUGGAGUAUCUGAUGAAGAGCCUCAUCGACUACGAGAUUCUCACCAUCAAGCAGGAGCCUAUGGGGAGCCACCGAAUUCAGGCAGUGUUGAAGUCUCUACAUUCAGUAAUUACGGAGCUCUUUAAGCCGUGGGUUCUGGUCCUGGAGAAGCCGGAUAGCAGCAACCAGCACUGUUACCCCUGGCUGGAGAGUGAGACCCCCACCGCCAUUGGAAUGGUCCAACUGUUUUCCAGCUGUGUUCUGACUUUACAUCAGAAAUUUCAGAAUCACCUCCUGCCAGGCCAGCGGGGGGCGCUAUGGCUGCAUCUGAUGCACUACUGUGAGACCUGCACAGCGCCCAUGCUUCCGGAGUACAUCUUGUAUGCUUAUCACACAGAGUACAGCAAGCUGCCCUGGAAGGAUAUGUAUCCCGACCAGACGCUGAUGGAAGAGUUUUUCAAGGUGGAGCGAGGGAGCCCCAAGAGCUGUUUUCUUUUCCUGGGGGCGGUGCUAUGUGACGUAAACUGGAUGAGCGUCUUGGCAGAUGCCUGGGGUCCUAUUCCUCGGCCGGAAACGCAUCGGAUGCUGGUCUGUCUGCUGUAUAUGCUGGUCUUUCUCGCCAAAGAGGAGAAACUCAUAAAUGAACCAGGGGCUCCGCUGAUCAAUCUCUUGGGACAGGCCAGCACUUUGUCCUGGCACCUGGUGGAUGCGGUGUCUUACCAGAACGUCAUGGGGUACUUCAGCAGCCACUACCCGCCCUCUGUAAUCCUUAGCGAGCACCUUGCAGACCAGCUCCUUCUCAAGCUGCUACGUGUGUCCGCCGGACUUACCUCCUUUCCCGAAUGCAGCAUUUACCUGGACGUCACCCCCAAAUGUCGGAUAUACGUUCAGCAGAUUGUCCAGUUCCUGGGCUCCUUGGAACAGAACAGUAAAAUCAGCAUUUCAGCUCUAGAACAAGAGAUGGCCAAAUUGCUGGAUGAUGUCGUCAUCUUCAGCCCCCCAGAUCUGGAGGUGCAGAAGCGUCACAUGGCGCUGAGCAGUCUGUUCAUGGAGCUGCUGAUGGUGAUGAACAAUGCCAGCGUGACCACAGCCGAGUCGCUCCGCUCCGCCUUGCUCAAGUGGAUCGACAGCAAAGUGCAGGGCCUGCUGGUCAUGCCCCUCCUGACAGCCGCCUGCCAGAGCCUGGCGUCCAUCAAGCACAUGGCCGAGGCGACGGAAGCCUGCAUACUGGCCUACUUCAAGGACGAGACUCUCCACAACCAGAACCCAGGCUGGGGCCCGAUCCUGGCAUCGUUGCAGGUGCCGGAACUCACCACGGAGGACUUCCUGCAGGAAUGCCUGACCCUGGGCAGCUACCUGACGCUCCACGUGUACGUCCUGCAGUGUCUAAACCAGGAGCAGACCCUGGCCAACGAGCUGCGGGUGCUGGUCCGAAUCUCUAAGUGGCUGGAGCAGGUGCAGCCAAGCUCGGUGAGUGAAGAACCCAAACUCUUCCUGUGGUUCCACAAGGCUCUGCAGCUGUCUCUGAUCCAGGUGGAGCAGAACGACAGCGUCCUCACCGAGACCAUCCUGCAGAUACUGCUCUCCGUCCAGGCCAGGCUCUGCCUUCUGGGAGAGGAGAGGAUGACGUCUGGGCUCCUGGGAGCCUUUGGGCUUGGAAGGAAAUCUCCGCUGUCAGCCAGAUUCAGGGUCAUUUCCCGCAGUCUGGCAGCCUUCAUCUUAGCCCAGAUCCCUUCUGAAAAUCAAGUGCGCCUUAAAGGAGGAUCCGGAGUAAACUUAUCGCCGAAAGCUCAACAGGCUUUAAGCGUGGUUGAGACCAUGACCGCAAGCAAACAGUACGCGGAGUACCAGGACCAGAUUUCUCAGGCUGUUCAGUUCAUCCGAUACCCGGGACACUGCCUCCAGGACGGGAACACGCUGCUAGCCCUCCUGAUCAACUCUCUGUACCCAGAAGUGCAUUAUCUGAAUAUUAUUAGAUAAUACCGGGGACUUUUCUCUGCUUUUUAUUUAGUGGGUGGGGGCAGAUUUUUACCCUAUUCAUUAGUGGGUGGGGGCAGAUUUUUACCCUAUUCAUUAUGUGCUUUUGUUUUUUCCAACGUGGGUGUUUUUCUGUGUGGAUCGAUGGAGAAGAUUGCAGACCGCAGCGUGAUCUCCUUUCCAUCCAGGUUCUGGCAAUGUCUAGUCCUGUUUAUGUGGCUGCACUAGGCGGCAAUUGUUACAGCGGCUUCAUGGGACGUCCGAUUAGGUGUCCUGAUGCCGCCAGGGGCUGAAGAACUAAAUUGCAGUCGGCUUUCCAAAAUUGAUCUCCCAUUUACCGCGCCAAUUCAUGAUAACAAAGCCACGGGACGUGAAAUCAGGCGCCAUCCAAAAUCCAGCGAUUUGUAGUAGUAGAGAGGGCGCGCUCUGAGAAAUUACAUGGACAUAUAUAUAUAUAUAUAUAUAUAUAUGUACAGGAAUCUCAGAGGGAUAAAAGCGGUAUCAUAUGGAAUGGGAUAACAUGUUUAAUUCCUUACACCUAUGUGUCAGCCCCAAUAUCAUCCUAGUUCCGGUCCUCUGCGCUGUCUGUGCGCGAUAUACUUGCCAUCCCCUGGGGCAGCCAGUGGGGAUCUUUUUGAACAGUGUGGAAUGAGGUGGAUUUUUUUUUUAUCAUCCUCCCACAGUGUAUCCGUGGAAGGUUAUUUGCCAAACAAGAAAUCUGUGUUGUGUGUGUUGUCCCCCUGCUAAUGUGAGUGGACUGCACUUUGUCUGUAUUACGGAACGCUCUGUGGCCGUUAUUCUGUGUUUGUCACGGUCAGACUCCAACGCACUGUGACGGAAUCUGAUAGGAAUAGUGCGAUAGAACAGUACGUGGUCUGGUGACCCGAUGGAGGGGAUGGCGGUACGGCCCACCGAUCACCUCAACAGAUCUACGGCUAUCUACAUGAGGCGUCUAUGUAACAAUCCCAGAAUCCCGCUGGAUGUGUAUGAACCGCAAACGAUAAUGUACCGCGAUAUACUAUACAGGAGCAGAGAAUAUUUUUGAUGGAAAAGAACUUAGUAGAGCCCAGAUAUAAUUCUCAGGGACUGCUGGCGCAUAUAUAGAGUUUAUUGUAUUCACUCAAGAGAUGUCACAAAUAGACAGAUUAAUAUAGGAAAUACAGUAUCGAGAGCGUUCAUUUUAUAUGGCGUUAGAAUAGACGAUAAUCGUGUAAUGUGAAGUUAAUGUGAAGCUAUUUAACCUCAUCUCCAUUCAUUUCAUUCAGUCACUUGAAUCUAAAGAAAGGAUAAAAAUCUUACUGGGCUUCACGUCCGUAUGGUUCCAUAUAGUUUUAUUCUUCAAACAUUAUUUAUUCAUUAGAAUAAAAAAAAAACAAAAAAAAACAAACAACUUUUGCUGCAGACCAGGGGUUCUCAAUUCCAGAGCUCAGGUAACCCCAACAGAGCCAUGUUUCCAGGAUUUCUGUCUGUGGAAACAGGUGGGUUAAUUACUGACCUAGCCAAUUAAAUCGGCUCACCUGUGCAUGAUUAUUGAUAUCCAGAAAACAUGACCUGCUGGGGGGAGAAGUACUUGAGGAGUGCAGUUUGGAACCCCUGCUGUAGACCAUUCCCAAGAACGGGAUCCGGACUGAAAGUCGACAGUAACUAGGUCGACAAUGUCUAGGUCGACCACUAUUGGUCGACAGUAACUAGGUCGACAGGGUGUCUAUGUCGACAGGGUCUUUAGGUCGACAUGUUCUAGGUCAACAGGUCAAAGGUCGACAUGAGUUUUUCACAAUUUUUUUUCUUUUUUUGAACCUUUUCAUACUUAACGAUCCACGUGGACUACGAUUGGAACGGUAAUCUGUGCCGAGCGAAGCGGUAGCGGAGCAAAGGCACCAUGCCCGAAGCAUGGCGAGGGGACGCGGUGCACUAAUUGGGGUUCCCGGUCACUCUACGAAGAAAACAACACCAAAAUAACAUGAAAAACGCAUGUUGACCUUUUGACCUGUCGACCUAGAACAUGUCGACAUAAAGACUGUUGACCUAGACACCCUGUCGACCUAGUUACCGUCGACCAAUAGUGGUCGACCUAGUUAUUGUCGACUUUCAAUACCACCCCCCCCAAGAACACAAUAACUGCACUAAGACGGAUCAUUUGCCGGAACAGGCUUAUUAACGAAACCCAGGAUACAAUUUUAGUGUAGAACACCUCACAGUUUUCUAUGUGUGGGUUUAACCCCUGUAUUAUCUUAUGCAUACCCUCCAACUGUACCUUUUUAAUAGGUACAGUACCUUUUUUUUAUGGUCUGUACCUAUUUUUGGCUCUCCAAACUUCCAUUGAAAGUAUAGGAAAAGGGAUGUGACCACGCCCCCUUUGCCCGUGACCACGCCCCUUUUUCUGAUUUGUACCAAUUUUUGUGUGUAAAAUGUUGGAGGAUAUGUCUUAUGGCGCCUUCUACAAAAUAACGGAGUCAAACCCAGAAUCCGACCGGCCAGCCCUGAUAGAAAGACAUCUAGAUAGCAGGGCUUCCCAGUCCUUCCUACCGCGCCGCCACCCGGGCAAUCACAAGACUGAACUCAAUAGCACUCAGUGCCUCUGGCAUUAAAUGCUGAUGACCGUGCACUGGUCAGGCCGCCUCUGGUUGGUGCUCGGCUAUAGGAUAGGCUGCACAUACGUGGUACAGCCCAUGGUCUAGGGUACAUUGUGCCUGUCUUUGUGUUCUUCAUGCACUCUUCUCAUGCACUUUUUAUUUCUUGGUGUACAAGAUGUCUUAUGAACUGAAUAUUGUGUAUUAUUUGUAAAUAAUAAAUAGAGUGUACGUUUAGAA